GGCAACAUUGGAAGUCUAUUCUUUUUUUUCUUUCAUUCUCUAGGGCGGCCAAUCACGGCCAAUCGAAUCUACGAUCAUUCGUUCUCUUCAUUCGCUAGCCGUCCGCCGUUUUUCGACGCCAUCUUUCUUUUCACAACUAGUAUCGCCAGUGAGAUAAAGAAAUGGGUACUGUCGAGCGUGCUGGUGAUGCGACGUCGGAGGUGGAGUCCGGAGAGGACGAGGAAGUUGUCGGCGGUGGCGAGCUGGCUCAGCACCUCAUGAAGUCAAGCGGUAUCACCCGUAACGAGAUGCUAGCGGCGAUCACCUCGCGGCUGCACGCGGAGGCGCUGGCGUCCCUGCCGGCCAACGUGCGGCGGCGCGUGCGCGCCCUGCGCACCCUGCAACGCGAGUUCGUCGACAUCGAGUCCAAGUUCUAUAGCGAGGUUCACGCCCUCGAGUGCAAGUACGAGAAACUCUACAAGCCGCUGUUUGAAAAGCGUCAAGAGAUCGUAAACGGUGCGUACGAGCCGACCGAGGAGGAGUGCACGAACCCAUGGCGUGAUGAUGAAGAAGAAGAGCUGGCAAGGGCAGUGCAGGGCGCCGCUAUUACCGACGGCGAGAAGCCCAAGGAGGGAGAGGAAACUAAACCUGCUGAGCCACCAAUGGACCCUAACGUGAAGGGCAUCCCUGACUUCUGGUUCACAAUAUUCAGGAAUGUCUCUAUGCUGUCAGAGAUGAUGCAGGAGCAUGACGAACCCAUUCUCAAGUGCUUGCAGGAUAUCAAAGUGCACAUGCACGAGGACCCGAUCGGCUUCACCCUGGAGUUCUACUUCGCGCCCAACGAGUAUUUCACCAACACCGUGCUCACCAAGGAAUACUCGAUGAAGUGCAAGCCUGAUGAUGACAACCCGCUCGAGUUCGAGGGGCCAGAGAUCUACUCCUGCAAGGGCUGCGAGAUCAACUGGAAGAAGGGCAAGAAUGUGACAGUGAAGACGAUAAAGAAGAAGCAGAAGCACAAGUCGCGCGGCUCGGUGCGCACCGUCACCAAGUCCGUGCAGGCCGACUCGUUCUUCAACUUCUUCGCGCCGCCCACCAUGCCUGAAGACCCCAACUCUACCCUCGCCUCGGACAUACAGGCGCUGCUGACGGCGGACUUUGAGAUCGGGCACUACAUCCGCGAGCGGGUGGUGUCUCGCGCCGUGCUGCUGUACACCGGCGAGGGGCUGGACGACGAUGACGACGACGACUACGAGGAGGAGGAGGAGGAAGAGUGCUCGACGGAGGAGAGUGAGUACGAGGAGCCGGCGCCGCGCCGCCGCGGGGGCAAGAAGACCACGAGCAGCAAGGCGGCCGAGAACCCCGCCGAGUGCCGGCAGCAGUAGCAGCCGCGCCGCGCCCACGCACUGGCACAUUUCGCAAGCACUCCAUGAACUUACGAAAUUGCAUCAUUGGUGCUCACAUAGAGAAUCCAGACCUAUAUGGACAACAUCGCGUUGUACUAUUAAUAAGGUCUCGUGUAAUAAACGCAGCAGAACCGCAUUCGCGUUCCGCAGAGCGGAAUUAUUUUAGUAAACAUUUAUAAAGGAACGCUGUAUUGUCGAUACCAGUGUAGAAUAAGAAUUCGUUUCUUUAGCUUGUUUCAAAUUUGUUACGUACCUCGCAAUAGAUCGGAUGUUAAAUUUUUGGAAGUUCCCUUUACAUUCCUGGUUGUUUUGAGGUUAACAUGUUACAGAUGCAUGGCGAUUAGUUCUAAAAUGGUAAGAGUAUCCGCCUUUAUUUUAUCCGUUAAUAUAUGUAAUUAUGUCCAUUAUAUAAUGUUAAUGUAUUAUAACGCCAGUGCUUGGCGCACAAGGAAUGGCCGCUGUUGUGGCAGCGGCUGAAAGACUUAAUGUGAUGGUUACUCGCCGGUAAGAUCGUCGACGACACUCGUCGGUUCACGUCUGUAAGACGGUACUUCUCUUCGCCCUAUACCCGUAAUAAUUGCGGACGAUGGUCGCCUGUCAGGCAUGUUGUUGUGAAAGAAUGUACCAUUUUAUUCCAUGUUCGUCAGUUUCCACUUUGGUCAGCUGAAUGUAUUCUUCCACAUGUGUGGAUUUGUUAAUAUUGUUAUUUAUUUGAACCUUACAAGUCUUGCCACAUUGUCAGGCAAAACAUUAAGAAGGCGGCUGUUUACAAGCAACAGUCUUUAUGUAAAGAGACAUUUCGAAGACUCCUGGUUCCACUAAAGUAGGGUAAGCCGUUUCAUUUUUGUUAAUCACAGUUGAUGUUUCUACGUGUUGCAUGUUAAUUGUUCUGGUAACCGACAGUUACGCGAGCAUGCAUGCACGUCUGGUACAUGUGGUUACUGGUUAAUAAUGGAAAUUUACGAAAAUGGUGAAAAAAUAGUACCACUAGUGGUUGUACUAGAGAAUCGGUUCUAAACUUUAUUGAAGUUAUAUCGCGUACACCAGCUAUAGGGUAUUUGUACACUUAACAUUUUCUAAAAUAAAUCUAAUUAUUGAA